GCCAACAGAUCGGCUGCUGUACGGAUGCUGCUCGGGAGCUGCCGCCGCUGCUGGUGCUACUGGGCCGCCGCUACUGCCGCUGGUGCUCCGUCGUACACAUGUCGCCGCCGUGACUGACUCGCAAAACACACACGUGGUGCACUCGUGACGCCCUAUACACGCUCGCAUAAGCGGCGGUGGUGCCGCGGAGAGACGGCGACGGCGGUGAAAACAACACCACCAUCGUGACGACGACGACCGCCACCACCAUCACCACCACCGCCACCUGCACCACUGCGACCGCCACCGUGACCACCGUCAACACGGCGACGACCGGCGCGGCCAUCGGUGUGAUGCGUACCGCCGUUGACCGCGACCUCGGACAAACGUCGUCAAGCAGCGGAGUGGCCGGGGCCUGAUCUAACCGCGUGGCCCGAGAUACUAUGGAGUGAUGGCGAGGGAAGAAUCUCGAGGAAAGAGACCAUUUAAAGUAUGGGAUGGUUUUAGAAACAUAAGAAAAAGCUUGUUGGCCUCCAGCUUAAAAGACUUAGAGAUACGUGGCAAAGACAAACUGAAUAUCUCGCAGAACGAGCCCGUUAGAUUGGUACUCGAAACUGACGGUACACAAAUCGAAGACCCCGAAUACUUCAAAACACUGCCAAACAACACUACUGUGUUAUUGCUCAGGAAUGAAGAGUACUGGUACCCAGCUGAAGUUGACGCCAUUAAAACAGCGAUUGCCGCAAUACCGAAGAUCGUCUGCGAAACGAUACAUGCACUGGAGUUGCAAGACGAGACGCCUUCGUGGAAAAUAAUGGACAACAAAGGCCGCGUGACAGUUGUACUGCACUGGGACCAACGCAACCAGACAUACCGUGGUUCUAGUAAUACCGGUGGUGGCGGUGGUAUGGACACGUCUCCGUCCAGGAAGACGACGGCACACCAACAGAACGGUGUCGGCGGUCUUCUGAUGGAGAACAAUGGUGCUCUUAAGAGGGAACCCAACCUACAAGGGUUUCAGCAACAGCAAUUGCAGUCCACUCCGACUGUCUAUCGGCACGGUUCAGCACCUCAGAUCACGGUCAUCCACCACGAUGCCAUACCGCAGACGAUGAGCGACGGUUCGAGUCAGCACUAUCAGCUGCAGCCGCAGCCACACCAGCAGUUCCGCCGGCUGUCCAAGCAGGGCAGCAGUUCCAUGGACGCUGCGGCCAUCCACGUGCACACGUCCGAGUGCUCUCACUUCAUACCGCCGCCGCCGUCGCACCACUCGGUGGCCAACGGCGGCGUCGGCUCACCGCGGGCAGGCAGUCCAGCCCGCGGCCCGUCCAUCGCCGACGGAAUGCUUCCGCCGCCGCCGCCGCUGCACCACGGCGUGCCGAUGCACCAGCAGGCCACGGCCGACCACCACGGGUUCGAGUGCGACUUUCACUGUUGCGCCCUGCACGAGGAGGGCCGCCGGAUCGCCGUGCACAAGUCGGUGGCCACGUCGCCGAUCCAGGAGUGCCACCACGUGCCGCCGCCGCCGCUGCAGCCGCAACAGCAGCCCGCGGUGCAGCAACAGACGCAGCCGCUGCAGCCGCCGCCGCCGUCCACCGGCCAGCCCGGGUCGUCCUCGCUUUCGGACGGGACGCGCCGAGCGUCGCCCAAGGGCCACGUCCGGUUCUUGGACCCGGCCGGGUCGCCGCCGCUGCCGCCUCCGCCGCUGCUUCCGCCGUCGCCUCCGGCGUCGCCGGCGCGCCAGCAGCAACCGCCGCCGCCGCCGCUGCAGUCGCUGCCACCGCCGCUGCAGCUGCAGCACCGGUCCGACAGCUCCGACUCCGAGACGGAGACCACGGUCAUCGAAGACGACUCGAUGACCAGCGAGAAGUUCCUGUUGCUCAUCGACCAGCUGGUCGACAAACAGGACAGGCACCUGACCGUCAAGGACAUCGGCAUCAUACUGGAACGGCUCAACUCGAAAAUCGUGGACGUCGAGCGCCUGGACCGCGACUACGAGGCCACCGACUGCUACAACUGGACCAUCAAGGCGACCAUCAGGGGCGACGUGCUCCAGGAGUACGGCAUCAUAUACAACGGCAACUACUACGGCAUAUCCGAACACCCGGGUUACCGGCAGAACGACGAGGAGCUGCCCAACGAGGACGAAGAGGAAGCGCUGGACGACGACGACGACGACGGUGACGACGGAGCCGGAGCCGGCGCGUCGGUCGCGGCCGGCGGUGGCGGCGGGAGCGGCGGAGCCGGUAGAGACGACCGCUUGCACAGACGUCGUGCCGACGAAGAGGUUAACAUUUAAAUAUAUUAUUAUACUAUUUAUAAUCACACGUUGUUACACGCACAAGUGGCACACACACACACACACACACACACACACACACACACACACACACACACAUACACUCACACAUAGGUGAGACUUGGUGACAAACAUAGGUAUUGGGGGAUGCAGAAAUUAAAGUUUUCGGAAAAAAACUGCCAUAGAUAAAACGCGAAAAUGCAUUGGAAAAUAGGUAAUAAAAAUAUACACACACUCUCGAGCAGUUUGCAGUUUUCUUUUGCCCAAUAAUUGCUCACAAGGCUGGUCCUCUGAUGUAUAGCCAGGGGCGAAGGUAUCUUUUCUCGGAUAACACACGCGUACAAUAAUUGCACCCUCACGACUCUCUACCCAAAUGUCGCCUAUUCACACACACACACGCACACACACAUACACACACACACACAGUGUACGUACAUUAUGUGCGCGCCACAUUCGCGGUCGUUUGUUGUUCGACCUCCCGAGGUUAGAGUUCUGAAAAUCAUGGGAAAAAUAAAAUAUAUGAUAUGACGUAUCGUAAAAAACCAUUAUUAUUAUUAUUAUUAUUAUUUAUUUCAAUCGACGAGUUUGACUAUAAUAUUAAUUAUUUGUACUAAUUAUCGGUAUUAUUAUUAUUAAUACCCCCGAUGCCAAACCGGCCACAACUAUAUCGUACGACAAUCGUUAUUCUACUUGACGAUAUCGAUAUCAUUAUUAUUUUCAUUAUUUUCAUUAUUAUUAUUAUUAUUAUUAUUAUUAUUAUUAUUGUUUUUAUGCCGUGUUGUGCGACUGUUGUGCCCCUCAAACACAAUGUUCACGUUCUACCUGUCGCGGUCGAUUCGCUGCCUUGUGGUCGAUCAUACCACAUUACCACCUGAGAUAAGCGACGUCGGAGUUUCGUUUCGUUUGUUUCCAAUAAUAAUACUUUUGGUUUUUUUUCUCAUUAUUAUAUUAACCGCCAUCGUGACUGCCACAACAUACAUAUUAUACACAUAAACAUAAAACACACACAUCCACACACACACACACAAAUUUACCGGGUCGUAUAAGUUUUCUUUGUCGGAGAAAAUAGAACAACGAUAAAACCGUUUGGCUA